AUGCAGAGAAUGAAGGCGAUUGCGAGAAGCUACCUGUAUUGGCCAAUGAUCGACGACGAUAUUGUGAGCUACGUGGCAUCUUGUGGAUCCUGUUUGGCAGCCGCUAAAGCACCCCCUCGAGCAACACCUGCGACAUGGCCAACACCAUCGGGCGCCUGGCAUAGAGUACACGUGGACUAUGCUGGGCCACUGGAAGGGUAUUACUUUUUAGUGGUGGUUGACGCUUUCUCCAAGUGGCCUGAAAUCUACAAAACUACGAGUACAACAACAUCUGCCACCAUCUCCAUGUUACGGAACAUUUUCGCUCGCUUCGGUAUGCCUGAAACGUUAGUCAGCGACAACGGUCCGCAAUUUACCAGCGCCUUGUUUGCGGAGUUUUGCAACAGCAGCGGGAUCGAGCACAUCACGACAGCACCGUUCCAUCCGCAAUCAAAUGGACAGGCGGAGCGGUUCGUCGAUACGCUGAAACGAGCACUGCGGAAGAUCCAGAGCGACGAGACGUCCCUUGAUGAGGCCCUGGAAUUGUUUCUCAUGACGUACCGAUCGACACCAAACGCGCAGUUGAGCCAGCAGAAAUCUCCAGCUGAGGAAAUGUUCGGCCGCCCCAUCAGGACAGCACUGGAGCUGUUGCGGCCCCCAUCAUCACACUCACUAUCUCCUUCCUCAUUUAUUUCAGUGCGAAGUUUUCAACCUGGCGAUCUCGUUUCUACAAAAUCUUUCUAUAGAAACUCAUGGAAGUGGAUACCGGGAAAGAUCGUUCGUAGCUGUGGACGCGUUAUGUAUGACGUCAUUGCGAGUGAUGGACGUUUACUUCGGCGCCACAUAAACCAAAUCAGGCGUCGUGCGGUAGCCCAUGCACCUGAGGGACAUCAGCUGCCGCUUGAUGUACUGUUAGAAGAAUGAUCUUCUUCUUCUUCCCGACCAGAGCCAACCCAGCCGGAGCUGGAACCAAUCGUAAGCGAGCCAACAGCGCUUUCACGGUCAUCGCCCGCUUAUUCAUCACUAGCAGCGACGACCCCGAUGGAUGUUCCUUUGACGACAUCCAGCUCGCUACCUCCUGCCGACCUCGACAACCGUCACGGAGGUAGGACCGACCAGCGCCUGAUAGAUUUGCCACGCAGGUCUUCUCGAGUAAGAAGACUUCCGCGUCGGCUCGGAGCCUAUCAGCUCAUUUAGCCGGGGGAGAUGUUGCAGUCCGCCGAGACUGCAGCCUCUUCGCACACUCGAUGCUUUCCGGGAACUGACAGCAUUCGAUGUAUAGCGAAUAUAGUCGUCUCUUUCUCUCUCUCUCGUGCAUGAUCCAUUACGAUCGGGGAUCCUGCGAUGUAACGAACACUCGGGAUCUUAUCUGCACCAGCAAUAGACGUGGCUAGCGCGCGCGGCACCGUAUUCCUUUUACUUUUAUCAUUUGAUCGUUUUUAUAUAUAUGUUUGUUAAAAUAAAGUACAA